UCAAUUUGUACAUUAAACAAAUUACAUAUAUAAGAACACCUUACUGUUCUUCAUGCUUGGUUUCUCCAAGAAAACGCAUUUGUUCCUCGGAGAUGGUUUCAUACAAUAAGCUUUCCACUUGUUGUAUAUCUCAUGAGUUUUACAAAGUUGCUACGAACAACCCCAACAAAAUUGCAGUGAUUCAAGCUUGUGGGGGUCUCAAAAUCGCCAAAGAAUUUCGAUUCUUUUGCAGAGAAAAUGGCGACGAAGAAACACGGGAGAAGUUCCAAGAGUUUAUUUCCUCCAAAAGGAAGUCGGUUAAUCCCCCGGUGUACGAAGGUGAUCAGUGUUUCACGUUUUCCGAUGUUCUAUCCGCCGUUGAUUCUCUCAGUUCACGGCUCCGAUGCAUUCUUGAUGGUGGUGACGACCCCAAUCUUGUGAAACCCACUUCAGUAGUUAAUCUGCAUCAAACUGCAAGUGACUGCAGUUCCAAGGACCAGUUAAUCUUGGAAUCUUCUGAUCGAGGUUUAGAGCAGUAUACACAGUUCCAUAAAACAUACAUCCCAAGAGUAGUUGGAAUAUAUAUGGAACCUUCAGUUGAGUACAUUGUUUCUGUUCUAUCGGUUUUGAGGUGCGGAGAAGCAAUUAUGCCGUUAGAUCCAUCUUGGCCAAACGAAAGGAUAUUAUCGGUAAUAGCUUCUUCGAAAGCUGAUCUUAUUGUGGGCUAUGAAUCUUCAGUUGACAGAACUUGUCAUCAGCUUGAUAAAUUACGAUGGCUCAUUCAAAAAGGCAGUUAUCCUGUUUUUUAUAUGUCAAUAGAGGAUUUCAUCCGCAAAAAAUCUGACUCAUUGUUAGGCUGGCCUUGUGAAAGUGAAAGGUUGAGAUCAUUCUGCUACUUGAUGUACACAUCUGGAUCCACUGGAAAACCUAAGGGGGUAUGCGGUACUGAAGUAGGUCUUCUGAACCGCUUCUUGUGGAUGCAAGGAUCAUAUCCCUUUCAAAAAGAAGAAAUCCUUCUUUUCAAAACAUCCAUAAGCUUCAUUGACCAUUUGCAAGAAUUUUUAGGAGCUAUACUUGCUAAUUGUACAUUGAUCAUACCUCCUUUCAAUCAGCUGAAGGACAAUAUAUUUUGUGUAUUCAAUCUCUUACAGGAAUAUUCUAUUAGCAGGCUCGUGGCAGUUCCAUCUCUUAUAAGGGCGAUUCUUCCUGCUCUGCAUAGCAUGGGUUAUCCUACAGCUCAGAUCUCCCUAAAACUUCUAGUGCUAAGUGGUGAAAUUUUUGAUAUUUUGCUGUGGAAGAUGCUUGUCAAGUUGCUACCCCAGACUUCUGUUCUUAAUAUAUAUGGAAGCACAGAGGUUUCCGGUGACUGCACAUAUUUUGACUGCAAGUGGUUGCCCACAAUGUUGGAGCAAGAUGCUCUGGGCAGUGUUCCAAUAGGCAUUCCCAUUGACAAUUGUGAUGUGGUUCUUGUUGGAGAAAAUUCUCCUGAUGAGGGAGAGAUAUGUGUCUGUGGAAGUUGUGUUGCUUCUGGAUACUUUAGUCAUCCUUCUAUUUUGCCAUUGGAUAACGUUGAAUUACAUCAAGAAAUAGCUGAUGGCAAGAACGAUGAAAAUGAAGUUUACUUUAGAACUGGGGAUUUUGGCAGAAAGCUUUCAGAUGGAAACCUGGUUUAUAUUGGGAGAAAAGACCGCACUGUAAAGAUCAGUGGGCAGCGUAUUGCCUUGGAGGAGGUUGAAAGCGUUCUGAGGGAACACCAAGAAGUAACUGAUUCUGCUGUGGUUUCUCGUUGCGUUCAAGGAGAUAUUUUAUUUCUUGAAGCAUAUUUACUGCUCAAGCAAAGGGAAAACAAUCUUGAGGUCUUCAGGUCCACAAUUAGAUGCUGGAUGGCCAGCAAACUUCCCCCAACUAUGAUUCCUGCUCGUUUCUACUUUGUUGAAUCUUUUCCUAUGUCUUCUUCAGGGAAAGUGGAUUACAAGAUUUUGGCCACUUCUGCAGCGUCUGAUGCAGGUAAACAUAUUGAGAUUGAAGAAACUCAAGAUAUCGAUCUCAUUAAUGUUAUACAAAAGGCUUUUUCUGAUGCUCUGAUGGUUGUUGACAAGAUCUCCCUUGAUGAUGACUUCUUUGAGAUGGGUGGCAAUUCUCUAUUAGCAGCUCAUGUAUCCUAUAAUCUAGGAAUUAAUAUGAAGGACUUGUAUGCUUUUCCAACUCCAUUGAAACUUCAGCAGGCCAUUCAACAUAAAAAGGUGUCCUUUAGCCGUGAACUUGGAGCUGAUGCUUUAGUGGGGGUGAACUCGCAAGAGCAAGAAAAAAGCAAGCUUCCUUCUAAUAAAUCUUGGAUGCCUGGUGUAGAUAACUGUACCUCUUUGAGUUUGACUAGUGAUUAUCCCGUUAAACGUUUGAAAACGGAUUCAGAUUUGUAUAUUGAUCCCAACGAUGCUAAUGGAAGAGAUAUGAAUAGUUCAACUUCGUCACAGGUUUCAUGUUCUUACAGCCGGUGCAACAAAAUAAGGCAUGAUGCCGGUUGUGAAGGUUACAAUUGCCGUUCGGUGCUGUCUUGGGAAGUUCCACGUGACAAAAGAGGUUUCAUGCAAGAACGGUGGAUGGUCUACAUGGAGUCUUGUGUUGAUGCAUCACCACUAGUUGUAUUUAAAGAAAGAAAUGUUUAUCUGCUUAUCGGAGCUCACUCCCACAAAUUCUUUUGCAUUGAUGCAACAAGUGGUCUUGUUUUGUGGGAGGUGAAAUUACAAGGACGUGUUGAGAGUUCUGCAGCAAUUCUAGAUGACUUUUCUCAGGUUAUUAUCGGAUGCUAUGAUGGAAACAUUUAUUUUUUGAAUUUUUCAAAUGGUAUCCCUUGUUGGAAUUUUCAAACACACGGAGAGGUCAAAUCACAACCAGUCAUUGACAAGGAGAGGCACUUGGUCUGGUGUGGGUCGCAUGACCAUAAUCUCUAUGCCCUUGAUUAUGAGAAUCACUGCUGUGAUUACAAAAUUCAAUGUGGCGGUAGCAUAUUUGGUGCACCUGCACUUGAUGAGGUGCAUGAAAAACUCUAUGUGGCAUCCACAAGUGGCAGAGUUACAGCACUAUUUGUCGGGGCUCUGCCAUUUGGUCAACUAUGGGUACAAGAGUUUGGAGUCCCUAUUUUUGGGUCACUAUCAAUCAAUCCUUCAUCUGGAAAUGUUAUCUGUUGCAUGGUGGAUGGAAGUGUUGUUGCACUGGAUACUGAGGGAUCUGUCAUCUGGAAGGUGAGUACAACUGGCCCAAUAUUUGCUGGGCCCUGCAUAUCUCGUGCGCUACCUUUACAGGUGCUUGUUUGCUCAAGAGAUGGCAGUGUCUACUCCUUUAAUUUGGAAAAAGGUGAUUUAUGCUGGAAGCAUGAUGUAGGACAUCCAAUUACUUCAUCUGCCUACGUUGAUGAACACUUGCUAUUGGCAUGUAUUGAUUCUUCCCUGUCUCAAAGAUUAGUCUGUGUUUGCUCCAGUUCUGGAAGUGUACAUGUUCUUCAAGUCGGCUUGAAUUUUGACGUAGAAAAUCAACCAUGUGAUAUGGUGCGGGAAUUUGCUAGGUUCGAACUUGGAGGAGACAUCUUCUCCUCCCCUGUGAUGAUUGGUGGGGAAAUAUUUGUUGGUUGCAGGGAUGACAACGUGCACUGUAUUAGACUCCAAGAAGAGAUAACAAUAUGAGCCUAUUACAUCUUAUCUUUCACAUGCUCAAUCUAUGGGAGUAUAAAACUCCUCAAUAUCGAAGCAUCAAAUAUUGGCAAAGAAGUUUCCUGUAAAUUAUUAGAGCCUUGCAUGACGGAAGAAUCAAGGCUAUGAAGAAAUCAUAAGCAUCCUUUACAUCCUUCUGAUUCUGGAAAUGCUAUGGUGAACUUAAGAGGGUAUUUAAUGCAGUGUGGUUCUUGGUUGUAGGUACCAAGUGUGAUUUUGUCAAACUCUGCAUAUAGAGGCUCAAUGUCUCACUUGGGGAAGGAAUGGUUAUUUUUCCUUAUAUCACAAAGAAGGUAACAACAAUAUAUCCAGUGUAGUCCCACCCGUGGGAUCUGGGAAAAGUGUAUAUGCAGUCUUACCCCUACCUUGUGAAGGUGGAACUGAAGGAGAUACUCAGUGCAGUGCUAAAUAACAAUCAAGUUUCUUUCCGACUA